AUGGAGAUUGAAAGAAAGUCCACUGGUAAUGAAGCUUCAUCAUCCAACCCAGCUUGGCUUCACUCAUUCUGGAAUGGCAUUUGGUCUGCUCAGGUUCCUCCCAAGAUCAAAACAUUCAUCUGGAGAGCAUGUAAUGACAGUUUACCGACUCGUACGAAGCUAUUUGACAAGAAGGUGCUGCAUUCUUUCUCUUGUGUGCUUUGUUAUGAGGAAGCUGAAACUUGCGAUCAUCUUUUUUUGGAGUGUUCAUUUGCUCAAGCCGUUUGGCUGCAAUCUCCUCUAUUGAAUGAGUAUAGGCUCUAUCCAAAGAUGAAGUUCAUGGAUGCAAUGAAUGCUGCCAUUCAGAAAUUAUCUGCUGCUGUCUUUGAUACAUUGUGUAUAGCUUGUUGGAUGAUUUGGACAUGCAGGAACAGAGUUGUUUUUAACAACAAGGCUCCUUGUUAUCAUGGGCUAUGGAACUGGGCUGACCUAUACAGAAUGGAGUAUGUAGAAGUACAGCAGAAAAACAUGCAGGACGGUAGUUUGAAGGCAGCAAGGUGGAUUCCCCCUAGUCAGAUGUCAUAUUCAGUGGGUAUUGGACUCAUUAUCCAAAAUAAUAUUGGAGAAGUGUUAGCGGCUGCUUGUGAUAAAGGUGUGAAGGAAUUGAACCCACUGUGUACUGCCGCUUGUGUGGUGAGGAAAGCUUUACUAUUCUGUCAAAGUACAAGUUUUUCCAAUGUGGACGUGGAGUGUAAUUUUGCAGAAUUGGUGGACUUGCUGAACUCUGAUCGAAUAUGCUCUCUAGAGGUGGUGUGGAUUUUGGAAGAUAUUGCCAUUAUUAAGGAUAGUUUCAAUUUUAUUUCUUUUUCUGGUAUCCCUUUGAGAUGUAAUCGAGCUGCACUAGCUUUAGCUAAUGCUGCAAAAGAGAAAGAGAAGGCUGAGGACUUGAAGUAA